UGUUCUGUUCCAAAACCACCCAUUACUUCUCCCUUUGCUUUUUUCCCCAAUUCUCGUUCAAAGCUUUCUCUUUGUAUUUGAUGGGAUAAUAGCUCACCUCUUCAAAAAAUGUUUUCUUUCAAAGAUAAAGUCACAGAGAAGCUUUCCCAUCUCUUUGCCAAUCCUCCCAACUCCUCGUCCCCUCAGGCUAGUUCAUAUUCUAAAGAGGGUAAAUCUUCGCCUUCAUAUUUGUCUUACAUUAUCCCAUCAAUCAGCUUUGGUGGAUCCAAGACAAGCAAGCAGCAACAUGAUCCUAAACCAAGUCAAUCAGAUUCUGUUGGAUAUAAUUAUGAGAAAUUUGAGUAUCAGGAUGUUCCAUUGGAUAAAUAUGUCGAUUGUAGUCCCUCAUGUAGUAGCAUGGAUUUAUUGAAAGAUGAAAUUAUUAAUGAAGAUCAGACCUCUAGAAGGAGCAGUAGCAGUUCUGAAGUUUUUGAAGAAGCCAAUGGGCAGCAAACUCCAAAUUCGUCAAAGAAGUCCCAGCCCAAUCUUAGUGAUGACUCUACUUUUAUUUCUCCUGAGUUGUUUGAAUUCUUGGAAUCAUGCCUCCCUAAUAUAGUAAGAGGAUGUCAAUGGGUCUUACUUUAUAGUACGUUGAAACAUGGAGUAUCACUUCGUACACUUAUUCGCAAGAGUGCUGAACUUUCUUGUCCUGGUUUGCUGAUUGUUGGAGAUAUGCAAGGUGCUGUGUUUGGUGGACUGCUAGAUUGCCCCUUGAAACCUACAGCAAAGCGAAAAUAUCAAGGGACAAACCAAACUUUUGUCUUUACAACUAUAUACGGUCAACCAAGGCUGUUUCGACCUACUGGUGCCAACCGGUACUACUACAUGUGUUUGACAGACUUACUUGCACUUGGUGGUGGGGGUAAUUAUGCUUUAUGUUUAGAUGAAGAUUUGUUAACGGGAACUAGUGGACCUUGUGACACAUUUGGAAACUUAUGUCUAGCUCAUAGUCCAGAGUUUGAGUUGAAGCAUGUUGAGUUGUGGGGUUUUACACAUGCUUCCCCUAUGCAAGGCUAAGAUGCUUUUGUUUGGAUGUCCACAAGAAGCGUCACUCUCUCUCUCUCUCUCUCUCUCUCUCUCUCUCUCGCCCCCCCCCCCCCCCCCCCCCCUUUUCCCUUUACUAGUUUGCUAGCAAUUUAUCCAUACUAAACUGCUUGAAUGUAGUUUAGUUUACCCACUUUCGUGAGGAUGACUGUAUGCUUUUGAGUGAUUGAUCAAUUUGAUAUACUGUCAGACAUGUCCCAAGCUCUUAUUAGUAGAUUGUAGGCUUGAAAUUCCAUUUUGCAAAAGUUAAGGUUUGUGGAAGCCAGAUGGUCCGAACACAAGAAGGUUGUAGAGUAGAAUGUAAGGGAUGGAAUCUACUCAUUAAACUACUAAGAAAUAAAGCACCGACCAGGCCAUUUUACAUGUAAUACUUGGUUUCCCACGGCAUUAACUAUAAGCUCAGGUUCUGUAGCUACGAACACAACCUUUGUUUUACAAUUUGAUUUGACAAAUUAGACUAAUGAAGAGGCAAGUCAUUUUGUGGGUGGAAGUACUCUCACUAGUAAUGUAAUCAAAGUGGAUAUGGAUGUCUAUAGUUAUGGCUUGUUAACAAUAUA